CCAAAAGUUUCACACGUUCCACGUGCGUACGAUCCAUGAAACAAAACCCUUUCUUUCCAACCUAAGAUAAAUCAACAAUAACCAUUCGUUCGCAUUUCAUCACUAUCCCUCACUUCGCUUCUCUAGGAUUUCUCCAAAUCCUUCAAAACAACAACAAUAGUUAUAGUUAGUAAAAUGAUGCCGUCUAUGUUGAACCCUUCCUUCUCCACGCUGUUCCCAAUCCAUUCAGUUCCAAACCCUAACAGGAAAAACAACCGCUGCGCCUCCAUCGUGGCGUCAAGCACAUCCUCCCAGUCUCCGCCGAACAUAAAAGACGAGGCGCGGCGGCACCCGGCGGCGGCGAACAACUUCACGGCGAAGUACGUGCCGUUCAACGCGGGGUUGGACUCGGCGGAGUGGUACUCGCUGGACGAAAUCGUGUACCGGAGCCGCUCGGGCGGGCUCCUGGACGUGCAGCACGACAUGGAGGCCCUAGGGAAGUUCGACGGCGCGUACUGGCGGGCGCUCUUCGACUCGCGCGUGGGGAAGACCACGUGGCCGUACGGGUCCGGCGUGUGGAGCAAGAAGGAGUGGGUCCUACCGGAGAUCGACUCCGACGACAUCGUGAGCGCCUUCGAGGGGAACUCCAACCUCUUCUGGGCCGAACGAUUCGGGAAGCAGUUCGUCGGAAUGAACGAUCUCUGGGUGAAGCACUGCGGAAUCAGCCACACCGGAAGCUUCAAGGAUCUCGGCAUGACGGUUCUCGUCAGCCAGGUCAACCGUCUCCUGAAAAUGAACCGGCCGGUGGUUGGGGUGGGCUGCGCCUCCACCGGAGACACCUCCGCGGCGCUCUCGGCUUACUGCGCGUCGGCGGGGAUUCCUUCGAUUGUUUUCCUGCCGGCGAACAAGAUCUCGACCGCGCAGUUGAUUCAGCCGGUGUCGAAUGGGGCUCUGGUUCUGAGCAUUGGGACUGACUUUGAUGGGUGCAUGAAGCUAAUUCGUGAGAUAACAGCGGAGUUGCCGAUAUAUUUGGCGAAUUCGUUGAACAGUUUGAGGUUGGAGGGGCAGAAGACGGCGGCGAUAGAGAUUCUGCAGCAGUUUAAUUGGGAGGUACCGGAUUGGGUGAUAGUGCCGGGGGGGAAUUUGGGGAAUAUCUAUGCGUUUUACAAAGGGUUUAAGAUGUGUAGGGAUUUGGGGCUGGUGGAGAGGAUUCCGAGGCUGGUGUGCGCUCAGGCGGCGAAUGCCAACCCUUUGUAUUUGUACUACAAGAGUGGGUGGAGUGAGUUUAGGGCUGUGAAGGCGAACACCACUUUUGCGUCGGCGAUUCAGAUUGGGGAUCCGGUGUCGAUUGAGAGGGCGGUGCAUGCGCUGAGGAAUUCGGAUGGGAUUGUGGAGGAGGCGACGGAGGAGGAGCUCAUGGAUGCGAUGGUGCAGGCCGAUUCUACUGGCAUGUUUAUCUGUCCGCAUACUGGGGUGGCUCUCACGGCGCUCAUUAAGCUCAGGAACCGUGGAGUUAUUGGACCCAGGGAGAGGGUCGUCGUCGUCAGCACUGCGCAUGGCUUGAAGUUUGCGCAGACUAAGAUUGAUUAUCACUCCGGGGCCAUUCCCGAUAUGGGCCGAUUUGCCAACCCACCUGUUUCUGUCAAGGCUGAUUUUGGAUCGGUUAUGGAUGUCCUCAAGGAUUUCUUGCACAACAAGUCUCCCAAGUUUAGUACCUCUUAACUCCUCCCAUCUUAGUUUCAUUUCUAUUAUUUCUUUCCACUCAACUCUUCCUUCUGUAUAGUAGCACUUGCUCGUUACUUGUACCAGAGGUUUUACAUGUUUUCUUUCAACUUUCAACUGUAAUCACAUCAAAUAAUUCAGCUUUUUCAUAUAGCUUAGCGUCGCAUCAAAUGGACAUUUAGGAUUCGAGUAAGAUUUUGUGCAAUGGAUUUUGCUUUUCUGUUUCCCACAA